AUGUCUGGCAAAAAACAUUAUUAAUAAGGAGAAUCUGGUUCUUCUUUCACAUACCCAAUGUAAGUUGCUAAUGUGAAAUAAAAUGACUAUGCUAUACUAAAAGGUUUCCCUUGCUUAGUGACAGAAAUUACAACUGGUAAGGGAGGAAAAUGUGGACAUAUAAAGGCUUAUAUUAUUGGAAUUGAUAUUUUCACAGGCAAAAAAUAUGAAGAAUUAUGUCCAAUUUUGCAUAAUAUUGAAAUACCAUUUGUAAAGAAAUAUGAAUUAUAAUUGAUAGGUAUAUCAGAUGAUGAUUAUCUCACUCUUUUGAUUGAAAACGGAGAAAUUAAGGAAGAUAUUAAACUUCCUGAUGAUGAACCACAAUUAGUAGAAAAACUCAAAGCAGAUUUCGAUAACCAAAAAGAUAUAAUUGUUUCUAUAAUAUAAGCGAUGGGAUAAGAAAAAGUUAUUUCUUACAGAGAAAUAGUUAAUUGA